GAUAACCGAUCCUCGGAGCAACCCGCCACCCUCAUCCUCGGGUACCUUGUAACUCAAGUGGCGCGUUCGUUUGACGCGCCACCGCUCAUAAAAACGUUCCAUCAGAAUGGAAGAAACCAUCAACGUACUGCGUCCCAAGCGCAAACAUUCACUAAACACUGAAGCAGAACAACCUGAGCCUCACAAAAGGAGGCGCAGAACUCUGGAGUCCGAAACCGAACCGCUAACCCGACAACCCGACCCGUCAUCUUCAAAUAGGUUCCAACUCUUGUCUUGUCCAUCUCCCAAGAAAGAAACACAGAGCUCUCGGGAAUGGGUCUGCAACUCUUCUACUUCUUCUGCCUAUGGAGAGAAGUUUGUGGUUGUUUCUUAUAACAUUCUGGGUGUUGAAAAUUCAUCCAAUCACUCAGAUAUGUAUAGUAAUGUGCCACCCAGAUACAUGAAGUGGAAGCGUCGCAGGAGGCUUAUACGAAAGGAGGUCAAUAGUUACAAUGCUAGCAUUGUAUGUUUGCAGGAGGUCGAUCGUUUCGAUGAUUUAGCUCAUAAGUUCCAGAAAGAUGGGUUCGAAGGUGUGUACAAGGCACGCACUGGUGAAGUAAGUGAUGGAUGUGCUAUAUUUUGGAAACAGGACAUGUUUAGCCUUUUGCAUCAAGAAAGUAUAGAGUUCCAAAGUUUUGGCCUUCGUCAUAAUGUUGCUCAAUUUUGUGUUUUAAAGUUGCAAGAUCAAUUAGAGUCAGAUGUACCUCCUGAUACAUCAAUGAGGCCAUGUACCCGAAGUAGAAGCUUAGUGAUUGGGAAUAUACAUGUCCUAUUCAACCCUAGCCGUGGAGAUAUCAAGCUAGGGCAGGUUCGACUGUUUCUUGAAAAAGCUUACAAGCUAUCACUAGAGUGGGGAUCUAUCCCUGUUAUAAUUGCUGGGGACCUAAAUAGCACUCCACAGAGUCCUAUUUACCAGUUUCUAGCUUCAUCUCAGUUAGACAUCCAACGACAUGACCGCAGACGUGUCUCAGGACAGAUUGAAUUUGAAUCGCAGUACAGAACCUUCACGUAUAACAGGUAUGGAAAGCCAUUCUUUUAUAGAUGGAGUGCGGAAGAAGUAAGGCUUGCAACGGGCUGUGAAGAAGUCACUCAUCUCCAACACUAUCUAAAGCUUGGCAGUGCAUAUCUUGGAGUACCUGGUAGUCGCAGAACAAGAGAUAGGUGUGGAGAACCCUUGGCAACAUCAUACCACUCCAAGUUUUUGGGAACUGUUGAUUAUAUAUGGCAUACGGAGGAGCUUGUUCCGGUCAGAGUUCUUGAAACGUUACCCAUCGACACUUUAAAAGGAAUGGGAGGACUCCCCAGCAAGAGAUGGGGGAGCGAUCAUCUUGCGCUUGUAUGUGAACUGGCUUUCCGUAGAUGACAGCAGUAGGCCUUGACUACUACCAUUUUCAGUUUAAGCCUUAGCCUGGCGUCUUACAUUUUAAAGGUUUUGGUCCGCUGAAAGCUCUGACCAUCUUGAGAAACCUGGCUUUUCGAGAUUAUUAUGAAACGGUAGUAUGAAUUAUGUUCAGGAAUUAGUAACGGUAGUAUUUAUUGGGGAAGGGAAUGUUCUUGACAUUAUGGUUGUAUCAUUAUUGUAUAAACAUGACUGUUGUAUAAUCAAUUUCAAAAGUUACUCUGA